AACAUAUUACAUUAGACAGAGGCAGAGUUAACAGCCGGGACUGCCACCGCAUAAGCCUGGACUGCACAAUGGGAUUUCUUUGUUCGACAAUUUAAGAUAAGUGCCAUCUUUAGGACCAUAUACGUGUAUGUACAGGUCAGAAUCGAAACUUGGGGCAAAGAAACAAAGGAUUUUCUGGUUUUCUUCACAGAGGUGUCGACCGGAGCUAUGGGAUGGCAAGUGCUGUUUAUCUCGCUGCUCUCUCUCAGUGUAGUGCACGGACAGGUCAGCUACUCCAUUCCGGAGGAAAUGACAAAGGGGGCUCUGAUUGGCGAUAUAGCCCAGGAUUUAGGUUUAGGUUUGGAAAGACUGAAGUCCGGUAAAGCUCGUAUUUAUACUGGUAACACAGAGGAAUAUAUAGAGCUGAAGAGAGAAAGAGGAGUCCUCCUUAUUAAUGACAGAAUAGACCGAGAAUCUCUCUGCGGUCAAACAAUGCCUUGCGCACUCCACUUUCAAAUGAUCCUGGAAACCCCAAUGGAGUUUUACACGGUCACUGUCGAAAUUACAGAUAUAAAUGACAACCCUCCCACAUUUGAGAAAAGUGAGAUGAAAUAUGAAAUUAGUGAAUUCACCCCGACUGGAGCUCGAUUCGUCUUAGAUAAAGCAAUAGACAAUGACGUUGGUGUAAACGGAUUAAACAGCUACGCCCUGAAACCCAGUGAUAAUUUCGUUCUGAAAACCAUCAGCCGAGUCGAUGGGACUAAACAUGUCGAGAUGGUUUUACAGAAACCAUUAGACCGAGAAAAACAUGAGCAUAUAUCAUUAAUACUAACCGCUCUGGAUGGCGGUGAACCACAGCUUUCGGGGACAAUGCAGAUUCUAAUAACUGUGUUAGACGCAAAUGACAACACGCCCGUUUGUUCAAAACCGGAAUACAAAGCAAGUGUUACAGAGAACGCUCCUGUUGGCACUUUAAUUACUACCGUAAGGGCUACAGACAUAGAUAAAGGCAAUAACGGAAUUGUAACAUACAUGAUUUCAAAAUCUGGAGCAGCGGGUCUCUUUAACAUUGACGCCAAUAACGGAGUAUUGACUUUAAUUGGGCAUGUAGAUUAUGAAAAGAGGAGACUUUAUGAGCUAGAUGUUCAGGUGUCAGACCAGGGAGGAUUAUCAGACGCAUGUAAAGUAAUUGUGGACGUGACAGAUACAAAUGAUAACCCGCCGUCCAUUAACAUCAUGUCGAACUCAAACGCAGUAUGUGAGAACAUGAAGCCGGGAACGGUUGUAGCAAUGCUUAAUAUACAAGAUGCGGACUCAAAUGAUAACGGCAAAGUCAUGUGUGUUUUAAACGAAAAUAUUCCUUUUGCCAUAAAAUCAACAGCAAAUAAUUUCUUUACUGUUAUAACCGACAGUGAAUUAGACAGAGAGAGAGCCUCUGAGUAUAAUAUAACUGUGACCUGCUCUGAUGAGGGAGUGCCCUCCCUCUCCAGCAGCGUCACUCUCACCUUACAGAUCUCUGAUGUGAAUGAUAACGCGCCUGUCUUUGAGAGUAGCUCAUAUGAGGCCUACAUUGUAGAAAACAACACACCAGGUCUCUCUAUAUUCACAGUGAAAGCCAGAGACGCUGACUGGAACCAGAAUGCCCGUGUUUCUUACAUACUGGAGGACUCCUCUGUUAACGGAGUGACAGUCUCCUCAUAUGUGUCCGUUAGUGCUGAUAGUGGAGUCAUCCAUGCAGUGCGCUCUUUUGACUACGAGCAGAUCAAAGACUUCCACUUCCGCGUCAAAGCGCAGGAUGGAGGCUCUCCUCCACUCAGUAGCAAUGUGACUGUGAAAAUACUGAUCCAGGACCGGAACGACAACCCUCCUCAGGUUCUGUACCCAGUUCAGACUGGUGGCUCUCUGGUGGCUGAAAUGGUGCCUCGUUCAGCAGAUGUGGGCUAUCUGGUCACUAAAGUGGUGGCUGUUGAUGUGGACUCUGGACAGAAUGCCUGGCUCUCCUAUAAACUGCAGAAAGCCACAGACAGGGCGCUGUUUGAAGUGGGCUUACAGAAUGGAGAAAUAAGAACUAUCCGCCAAGUCACUGAUAAAGAUGCUGUGAAACAAAGACUGACUGUUAUAGUGGAGGACAACGGGCAGCCCUCUCGUUCAGCUACAGUCAUUGUUAACGUGGCGGUGGCGGACAACUUCCCUGAAGUGCUGUCUGAGUUCACUGACUUUACACACGACAAGGAGUACAAUGACAACCUGACUUUUUACUUAGUGUUGGCUUUGGCUGUAGUUUCCUUCCUCUUCAUCACGUGUUUAGUGGUUAUUAUAUCAGUGAAAAUCUACAGAUGGAGACAGUCUCGCAUCCUGUAUCACUCCAAUCUCCCUGUGAUUCCAUAUUAUCCACCACGUUACUCAGACACUUUGGGGACAGGGACUCUCCAACACGUGUACAAUUACGAGGUGUGCAGGACGACUGACUCCAGAAAGAGUGACUGUAAGUUCGGCAGAGCUGGUAGUCAGAACGUGCUGAUAAUGGACCCCAGUUCUACAGGGACGAUGCAGCGGAUACAGAGUGAAAAGAGCAUCCUGGAUGAACCAGACUCUCCUCUAGAGGUUAGACUCAUUGUUUUACAUUGAAUUUUACAUAACUGCAACACAUCAAAAACCU